AGAAGACCCUACACAAGGGUAAUAUUAGGGCAUAAUCAACACCCUUAUGGAUGAAUAUAGCUCAAAUGGGAAACAGCUCGGGUGCAGCUGGCUUGUGCAUGGCUCGCAAGAAGAAGCUGAAGUUCCAGAGAAGCAAGAUUCAUGAGUGGGGUCUCGUGGCAUUGGAGCCUAUCGAGGCUGGGGACUUGGUGAUUGAAUACGUGGGUGAGCUCAUCCGAAGGAAGGUAUCAGAUUUCAGGGAAAAGAAGUAUGAGGCAAUGGGGAUUGGAAGCAGCUACCUCUUUCGCAUUGACGAUGAUUAUGUGGUGGAUGCUACAAAGCAUGGUGGGCUUGCACGUUUCAUCAAUCAUUGUUGCGAGCCCAAUUGUUUAACAAAGAUCAUUAGUCCCAAUUGUUUAACAAAGAUCAUUAGUGUUGAGGGGCAAAAGAAGAUUGUCAUCUAUUCAAAACGGGCAAUAGCACCAGGCGAGGAGCUCACAUAUGACUACAAAUUUCCCAUCGAAGAGAACAAAAUUCCCUGCUUUUGUGGUGCGGACAGGUGCCGAGGUUCUCUGAACUGAUGUCGAGGGACUGGCUAUGCUGGCAAUGGUCUCCGAUGUAGAAAGACAGGCACAUGGCACUGCUGGAUCUGUCACAUGGUCGGCUUCUAGCUCUUCUUCAAUGGAUUGCUCCAGAUUUUCAAGCCUUCAUUUCGAAGUGAAUGAUGACGAGUUGGGAAAGCAGAGAGUGGACGCUUGGCUUUCCCUCUGAAGUUGGAGUUGUCAUCAUCAUAGGUAAUGAUGAUGCGUGCGAGUACGAUGUACCCUGCAGAGUUCCUUAACAAAGAUUGCAUUGCUUGGCCCCAGGUGAGGGUGGUAGUGUGAAGUUUGUGACCUAGGGGGCAGGGGCAGGGUGUGGGGUCUGUGGCAAGUGUGUGGAGGGAGGGUGGUGUUGCAUGCGGUCCUUCUUGUGGACUGUCAGUCAAGAUAACUGCAUAGUUAGUGUGUAAAAAACAUAUCAUGUGACGACCCGCAUCCUGUGGAUGUUCUGAUUUUUCAUGUAGAUGGAUGGAUGGAUGGAUGGAUGGAUGGAUGGAAGGGCUCAUGUGAACAGUCGAUGAACAAGAGCUCAUUGUACAUUUCUCAUCAGAAAUCCCUUGCGACUGUAAGCAGAGUGGAAGCCUGCAGACAGUCAUGGGGGCUUGAAUUGUUGUUGAGACUAUAAGAAGAGUGGAAGCCCGCGGACAGUCAGACAGGGAUGCUGUGUAUGUUGAGAAGCAAAUGAAUUUGAAGCGCUCAUGCAAAAUGGAGGUCGGUCAGUGACAUCCGGGAAAUGGUCCUCUUCUCCAUUACUGCUUGACAUUGGUAUCAGGUGAAUAUCAGAGCGGGGCUGAGAUAAUUCUUUCUUGGUAUUGAAUGACUACGUUGACUGAAUGACCAAGUGACUGUAAUCAACUUUUUAUGGGAGAGGGGUGUUGCAUCAGACACAUGACAGAUGAUGGCAUGUGUUGUGGCUGGAAUCGACAAUUCAUUGAUUCAACUUCGUUGAAUUAGAAACUGCUUUAGAACGACUUAGAACUGUUGGUGAACGCGCUUUCGAAAGGCAUUCAGAAGUAAAUGGGAAAGGGAAAGGAACAGGCUCCAGCUGUGUCAUGACGCUGCUCAGAAAUGUUGUAACUGAAAUUUCAAUGAACAUAAAUAGGGACCAUCAUUCUAGUAUGCUGUGCCACUUCUCUAAACGGGGGGAAAGCUGUGUUUACAGGUUCCGCUAGCCUGCGGGUAGAGCUUCAAGUCAAAAAAGGCGGGGAUGUUUGGGUGUGGUGUGGGUGGCUUUGUGCAGGGAAGGGAGAGGUGGGAUAAGAUGGGGACGGGAAGGAAGAGGAGCAAACCGCCUUGUGGCCUUGGGGCACUGCGGGAGGGGCGGUAAACCGUUCGCAAUAUCGAUUCGGUCAAGGAUUUGACUGAUUCUCUUGAUUUUUAUUUGCACAGUUUCUUUAAGUGCUUAUGGGCUCAAUAAAACCGAUGUCAUCUGUAGUGAGCAAUCACAUGGUGUAAUCCCUCUGAACUUCUCUUUUCCUUUUCGGUGUGGGUUCAAAAGACAGUCAAGCCCACUGUACUUGUUGUCACUGUCUAUAAUGUGUUUGUUAACGAUAAGAGAAGAAAUCUAAGAGGCAGACCCCAAACU